AUGAGGCCGUUUUGGGGGUCCUUUAUGGGCGUUAACUAUGAUAGCACCGAUCCCCCAUCGAGGGCCUUUAAAAACCACCACUCCUGUAAACAGUUUUCACAGUUUGUUACGGAGACACUUUUACAGCGCAUCGAGACUGGGGCAAUUCGUGUCUGGGGUCGGGUUGGGGACGUAAGUUGGCCCCACUUGGUCCUCCCAAUGACAAUCGAACCGCAGAAGCCCAGAUUAUGCACUGACGCCCGGUUCUUAAAUCUGUGGAUGAGGGAUACCCCUUUCUCUCUUGACUCGCUCAUUGGAGUUCCUCGCUUCGUGUAUCCUAACUCUUACAUGAGCAAUAUCGACGACAAGUCUGGCUAUGAUCAUAUUCUGCUUUCU